UCAUGCGGAAGAGUCGCGGGGAUCUUAUUAUGAUCGAAGAAAAAAACAGUGGAUUAAUUUACUGUGUGUAAAGUGUCUGUUACUGGUGUUUUAUCUCACAGCUAAAGAGACGGUGGAUUCUCAGGAAAGGGCCGCGGACACUUAAUGCAAAAUGUCGUCGGAGGAGUUUGAAAAGUUGCACGAAAUCUACAGAUCACUGUACGAGGAGCUCAAGCUAAUGCCAGAGAGGGCUCUGAAAGUGCACGGAGAGGAGAGGAAGAGGCUGGUGAGAACCUUCGAUGAGAGACAGGGGGAGGCGGAGGAAGUGUUACAAGGAAUGGAAGAAGAGCUGCGUGGUGCACCUUCCUCCUAUCGAAACGGUAUGAGCACAAAGCUGCGCCUGUACCGCCGGGAUCUGGGCAAACUGCAGAGGGACAUGAAAAUCUCUGCUAGCUUUGGCUCCUCUUCCCAGCCAGUGGGUGGAAGUCAUCACGGCAUCUAUUCAUCAGAAAACCAGCAAAGUACAUACCUGCAGUCCCAGAGAGCCUUGCUACUCCAGGGCACAGAGUCUCUGAACAAUGCCAGCCAGAGUAUUGAACGAAGCCAACGCAUCGCUGCAGAGACAGAUCAGAUCGGUGCAGAUAUCAUCGAGGAGCUGGGAGAGCAGCGAGAACAGCUGGAUCGCACCAGAAACAGAUUGGUGAAUACUGGAGAGAACCUAAGUCGCAGUCGAAAAGUCCUUCGUGCCAUGUCACGCCGGUUGAUGACAAACAAGUUGCUUUUAGGUGUCAUCAUUUUAAUGGAGUUGGCCAUCCUGGGUGCUGUGAUUUACCUGAAGUUCUUCCGACGAUGAGCAAACAACACCUACACCUGGAAAAGGGUCUGCGCUCUGGAUUCAGGGCAAACCUAUAUUCUCUACAUCUGUCUCCAUCGACUGUCCAGUAGCAAUAAUGCUGUGCUGCUGUAUGCAGCCAACUGUUUCUGUGAGUGCAAACAAUGACAAUAAGAAGUUUCAGUCUUAAACUGAACCUGUACUGAGAGUGGAUCCUGUGCAUGGAGAGGUGAAGUUCACUUGACAAGAAUAAGAAAUUGUUGAACUUGUUAAUGGACCAAACCCGAAGGAGCUCCAUGGACAAACUGAACUGAGAUUUUCACUCUUUUAUUAGACUGUUAAUGCCAGCAGUGCCCUGCAGGAGGAUUUGUGUGCUGGCUGCUACAGAUCCCAGAGAUUAUUCUCUGUGAGGUUUUAGUCAAGUCAAACUAUGGUCUACUUACCCCCACAUGUGAAGAUUCUCUGGUUACUUUUGUGUUAGUAUUCAACACAAUUGCAUUGUUGAUUAUCUUUAUAAAACUAUAAUGAGCUGAAAUGGCACCAGCUGAAUCUCUUUUUGUAGUGUCUUUGUGCCCAGUAUCCAGAUGAUUGUGCUGAGCUCAUUUUUCCAAUUCUGAGUCCUGAGACUUGUGGAAAAAUGUGUCAGUCAGUGGUGUGAAUGUUCAAAUAUGGCGGCGGGGUUGACUCUUAUUACAGAUGCAAUGUUCUUAGCAGUUAAUAAUGUUGUCUAAUCACUGUAUAAUACAAAAAUCUCUGUUACAAUUAGGCUUCAGUAUUCUUUAUUUGACAGUCUACCCAUCAUUAAAGCUAAUCUUUAACCUCAGUUUGCAUCGUAUCUGAUAUUUCCA